CUAGAGAAGUGUGCCUAAAAUCAAUGGCUUCAAAACUCAUAGCAUUUGAUACUGCAGAUGAUGAUUACAUUGAUAUGGAAGUAACCUCAUAUUCUAACUUCUUCUGCCAUUCUCAUCCACAACCAGGAGAGUUUGAGUUCCAAAUGUCCUCCAUUGAUCAAGAAAAGGAUUCAACAACUUCCCCAGCUGAUGAGCUUUUCUACAAAGGAAAGCUUCUUCCUCUUCACCUUCCCCCAAGGCUUCAAAUGGUUGAGAAAAUCCUUCAAAACUCUGACCCUCCUUUUGUUAAGGACAAAGUUGAAGCCUUUGAAGAGUUUUUUAGCACCCCAUUAACCACAACCUACACAACACCAAUCUCAGGCACCCCAUUUGAGUCCUGCAACAUUUCUCCUGUUGAAUCAUGCCAAGUUAGCAGAGAGCUAAACCCUGAAGACUAUAAGCUUGAGUUUCCAUCAACAGGCACAAGUGAUGAAGGAUUCACUGUUGAGAGUAAUCAUCAUCAGAAGAAGUCUUGGACCAAGAAACUGAAGCAUUCAUCAAUAGGAUCAAAGUUGAGGGCUUCAAGGGCUUAUCUCAAGUCCUGGUUUGGAAAAUCCGGUUGCUCCUAUGAAAACUAUGCAACUUCAACAAAAGUUGCUGAUGAAGGCUCAGUUUCAAAGGCUAAUAAUAAUAACUUGUCCAAGAAGAAGAAGAAUAAUAAUACUAGUAGCAAUCCAUAUGGUCAAAUUCGAUAUGAGUCCUCGAAUUCUGUCAUGAAGAACAAUGGAGAUGAUCCAAGUAGCAAUCACAGAAGGUCAUUCUCUGUGGGAAUCAAGAUUCUUUCAGGAAACAAGUCGUCGCUGUCCACCGGAUCAUCUUCAUUUUCGAUUCCAAACAAGUCAUCAAGGCAGCAUCUUAAAAGGUGCAGCAGUGCAAGCUCAGAUAUAGAGAAUGCAAUCCAAGGAGCCAUUGCUCACUGCAAGAAGUCUCAGCAAACUAAGAAGAAUUCAAGUGAAGUAGGAUUCUACUCAUUUAGUGAGGAUCAAGAAAGAGUAGUGCUUUUGAGGGGCUAAUAGGGACAACUUAAGUUUUGAUGAAAGAUAACUCUAAUUCACUACUUUAACCAAAUUGUGAUGAUGAGUAGAAGUUCAAUACUCUACUCUUUA